AUGGAGUCGCUCUACCCGUCAUGGCCCCAAGCAGCUCGCAAUGCAGUGGCAGAGCGUGACGCUAGCAUUCCGGCCGAUUUACGUCUUCCUCUCGACUUUAUCGCAAGCUAUCCUGCUGGAUCUGAUGUACUCAAUGCUGCUGCUACGAGUGGAUUAUUGUCUGAGAAAGAACUCCAAAUCACAGACACAUCGAGUGACGCGACGGCUAUUCUCUCCGCUAUCAAAAACAAAGAUGUCACCGCCGUCGAAGUUUUGACCGCGUUUAUGAAGCGGGCAGCGAUUGCACAUCAGUUGCUUUGUUGUCUCACCCAGAUCUCAUUCGAGGAAGGAUUGGCUCGUGCGAAAGAGCUUGACGAUUACUACGAAAGGACCGGUGAGUUAGCCGGUCCUCUCCAUGGGCUUCCGAUCAGUGUCAAAGAUUAUAUGGGUCUCAAAGGGAAGAGAGCUACUGGUGGUUUUUCGGGCGAUUUAGACAGGCUAAUUUCAACUGAAAACUCCCCAGUAAAUCAAAUCCUCUGGGAUGCAGGAUGUGUGUUUUACUGUAAAACCAAUGUUCCCCAGUCCAUGAUGCAUCUUGAAACCAAAUCCUUUUGGGGACAAACUUUGAAUCCUUAUAAUACUCACCUCACUAGUGGGGGAAGCUCCGGCGGUUGUGGGGCUUUGGUUGCAUUUGGAGGUUCUCCUUUAAGUAUUGGUUCUGAUAUCGGUGGAAGUCUACGCUCACCUGCUUCCUGCUGUGGAAUUUAUACCCUCAAGCCUACAACCGGUCGCCUACCUAGCAAUGGUUUGCCAGGCUGCGGGGUGGUACCUGGUAAUGAUGCAAUCCUAGCUACUUGUGGCCCUCUUGCCCGAAGCUCAAGAGACAUCGUCCUCUUCUUUGACGUUGUUCUCAAGACCCAACCUUGGUUACAGGACAUGGGUCUUGUUCCUCUCCCGUGGAAGCCUGAAAAUAUAAAGUGGACAGGCAAGAUUCGUUUGGGUGUGAUGUGGGACGAUGGAAACGUGCAACCUCAGCCGCCUGUUCGGCGUGCCCUCAAAGCAAUGACUGAAGCUUUAAAGAGGACGAAUAAUUUUGAUAUAGUUGAUUAUGAUCCUAAAUUUCACAAAGAAUUGGUACUCAUGGCUCAAUCUCUUUAUUUUACUGAUGGAGGCGCAAGUGUGCAUGCUCGAGCUGCUGUCACUGGAGAGCCACUUUGUCAUCUUACUGAGUGGGUGAUUAGCCUCCCGGGUGUCAAAGACCACACAUCUCACCAGCUCUGGGAGCUGCUACUCGAACGGGACGCACUUAGAGCAAAGUACUACUCGCACUGGAACUCCCAGAAUAUCGAUGUUCUACUUUGUCCUGUCCAAUACGGAGCUGCUCAACCUCUUCAAACAACCAAAUAUUGGGGAUAUACCUCCGCUUUCAACUGCGCAGACUUUCCAGCAGCCGUAUUCCCUACCGGACUGAAGGCAAGCGCUACAUUAGAUCCCAAAGAUACCGAACCUAGAGAGGCUUGGAGUGAGGCUGACGCCUAUUGUGCAGCAGCAUAUGACCCAUUAUUGUCCAAUGAUGCGCCCCUCUCCUUGCAGCUGGUGUCCAAGCGUCAUGCAGACGAAGUAGUCAUGCAGGCACUCAGGGAAAUCGAAAAGGUGCUACCUCUACGAGAUUGA